AUGUCCUUUCCGAGCAGGCCAGAAUGGGCGACAGUCGACCUGCAAUGGUCCCCAGACCUAGGACCAGUCCCCGUCAGCGAGGCGAUGAGGCCUACUCGCGAGUCUCAAGGAGAGCAGGAAAUGAUUGCUCGGAUGUGGGUGAUGUGCGCCAUCCAGAUGCAAGACAAACUGCGUGCUGCGACUUGCACAAAGCCACAUUUCGAACGAUACCGCUCCUGGAUAACACAGGAGUAUGAGAGAUUCAAGCAGCCAGACUAUCCCCAAGUGGCAGACUCGCGCGAGCUGGUGGACAUGAAAAGCGAGGACCGUCUGGCUGCCAUGAACGGGUUGCGGGAACUGGUUAAAAACACGUACAUGUGGCCUGUGAUUGAAGGGCCAUGGAGAGUGUAUGACAAUGCUGUCGAUAUUGUCGAGGGACGCGUGAAGCUGGUCAAGGUGCUAUUGAAAGACGGACUCCUCGAGAGGUUCUACGACUGGGCGAAUGGACUGUCUGAAGUGCGUCCUCUGUUCAGCCUUAUGGGCCGCAGUAACCCUGGACUGCGUGUCAUGGAGAUAGGAGCUGGCACUGGAGGAACUACGGCUCGUGUUCUAGACGGACUGAAAUCAGACGAUGGACAGAAGUUGUAUAGCAACUACGUUUUCACCGAUAUCUCGCCUCUGUUCUUCGACGCCGCCAAAGCCCGAUUCGAGGCGUACGAGGACGUCGAGUACUGUGCCUUGGAUAUUUCGCGUGAUCCCAGUGAGCAGGGAUUUGAAACGGAAACAUACGAUCUCGUCAUUGCAUCGAAUGUGCUGCACGCAACGCCAUGCCUCGUCGACACACUGAAGAACGUUCGAAAGCUACUCAAGCCCAACGGCUUCCUCUUCAAUCAAGAGCUUUCGCCUCCCGGCAAGUAUGUUGACUUCAUGGUGCCCAGGGACUGCUGCCAGGAUGGUGGCUAG